GAAAGAGUUGACAUGGGAGGGAAAAUCCAAUAAAUGUCAUCGGAGGGCGGGACCUCAAGAAGGACGAGCCAAUGACUAGGCAGUCGCGAGGGAGAGGCCUCUAGUCAGAGGAAAGAACCAACAUGGCGGCGCCCAGAGCGCUUCUCCGAGCUUGCUGCCCUGCCUCAUGGAGAAGAGGGCCUUCCAGGACCCUGAGCAGCCAGAGUAGCCUGGGCCAAGGCCCUAACCCUAAAUAUGACCUGAGUCAGGGUGACCCUGACUCCAAGAAGGGGCUGCUGGGCAGCAUGACUUCCCGAUUCUAUGAUGUGCAGCAACUUCGAGAAUGGAUUUUCAGUUUCUGGAGCUGGAACCUAUAUAGGAAAAACAAGACCUUCAGCUACACAGCGAAACACUUCGGCCCCAAUGUAGCAGCCGCCUACUUUGUCCUGACCCAGGGUGGGGCGGUCAGGUUCCAGGGUCAGGAGUGGAUCGGCGCCCAGGACAUGCGCCAAUUCCUUCGGAACUCUCCUCAGCUCAAAAUGCUGCUCCUGGAGGAGGUGGAUGCUAGCGGCUGUGUCAUCAACUACUACGGCCUGGAAAACCUGGUGUUCCUGCCGGCGCUGAGGUCCCUGAGGCUGUGUGGCUGCCCCUACGUGGACGACUGGUGCCUGAGCCGCCUGCACUCCCUAAGCAGCUGCCUGCAGGAGCUCUCGCUGGCCGGCUGUCCCCGGGUCACGGAGAGAGGCCUGGCGUGCCUCCACCACCUGGGGAACCUGCAGCGACUGGACAUCUCGGACCUCCCAGCCGUGUCCAAUAAGGGCCUCACCCAAAUUCUGGUGGAAGAGAUGCUGCCGGACUGUGAGGUGGUCGGGGCAGACUAUGCCGAUGGGCUGGAGCCCCUCUCUGAGGAGGAGGAGGAGGAGAAGGCCGCAGGGUAGGGGGCCCCUCUGCUCUGACGCCUGCCCACAGGCAGAUGGGGCAGGGAGGAUUCUGGGGGAAACAUGGCCUUCUUCCCCUGCUCCCCUUCCCACGGCCCCAUCCCUUGCUCUUCUCUCCUCUGCCCACCUGCCUCCCCCACCUCCACUCAGUCCAGGGGGGGGGGAUGGGAACCAGGAGAUGCUGCUGGCCCCUCCCUCCCUCUAGAUGUGGUGUCUGAGGGAAGAGGAGCCCUCCCCUCCCGGGCUUCUUUAGAGCCGGCUCCGAGGCUCCCCACGGCCCCUCCCCCUCCCUUCUGGCCCAGAGGAUAAACGUGGUUGGAAACCGGUCUGGAGGCUCCCGGAGGGGGGAGGGGCGCAGACCUCCCAGGAACAAUAACAAUAACAAUGGCAAUAAUGGCGAGCUCCAGCCCGGCCCCCUCCCGGCGAGGCUCCAUUUUACAGAUGUGCAAAGUGAAGUUCCGAAGUUAACAUUGGCCGGGCUACCCCAGAGCCUGCCGGGAGGAGCCCCUCGAGGCUCGGGCCGGCUCCCGGACCCCCACCUGCAGGGGCAGCACUGACCUUCCCUGCCGAGGCGGGACGCCUGGCUUCCGAGUACGUUAAAUAAAAGAGAAAUGAACCAA